UUGCCUGUAAGGUCUCGAUUCUGGUUUCUAGCGCACCAGACACCAAAUGUUCAGCAGUGCCCUUACUACGGCUGCACAGCAAUUGAAACUGCGCAACACUACAACCUUUUCCUCGAGUGCCACCACUCAAACGAAAUCUGGAAAGCCCUCUGGAAGGACUGCAGUGGCUUUUACGUAGGAGGCAUCAGCUGGACUUCCAUGGCACUCCCGCACAAGCAGGAAAUUCGGUCAGCAUGGUCCCAUCGCAGAGAGGCAGUGCUUUACCUAUGGAAUAUAGUGAGAUGCGCAGCACUUCAUCGCCAAUGGACUGAGAGGAACAAACUU